CUACACCUGCUGGUUAAAGAAGGUAAACUCGACGGAGUCAAGCUCAUGUUGCGAUGUGGAAUGAAACUCGAUCAGAGGAACCGACACGGUCAAACUGCCCUACAUCUGGCUGCGGAAAACGGGCGUUUAGAGAUUGCGAAAGCUCUCAUGUCCGGGGGAGCAGAUAUUAACUCCGAGGAUUAUUCGGGUAUGACGCCGCUUCGAACUGCCCUGAAAAAGGGACAACUCGACCUCGUGCGAGAAUUGCUCAAACGA